GACUUUGCAUUUCUCCACCGCUUUCGCACCUUAAAACAAUCACAAAAAGUCAAUUUCUUUCUAAGUCUUUGUUUUCUCUCUUAUAUAAAUCUCUCUCUCUACUCUCUAUUUCCUCACACCUCAAUUAUAUUAGAGUUUACUCAGACAACAGAAAAGAAACCGAGGACAUGGCGAAUUAUGCACAGGGAAAUGGUGACUUCCCCGCGAUUCCGACUCACGGCGGCCAAUUCAUUCAAUACAAUAUUUUCGGUAAUCUUUUUGAAAUCACGUCGAAAUAUCGACCUCCGAUCACUCCGAUUGGUCGUGGUGCCUACGGCAUCGUCUGCUCUGUGUUGAAUUCGGAGACGAACGAGAUGGUGGCGGUGAAGAAGAUAGCCAACGCUUUUGAUAAUCAAAUGGACGCCAAGCGCACCCUUCGUGAGAUUAAACUGCUUCGCCAUUUGGAUCACGAAAACGUUAUUGGUAUCAGAGAUGUCAUUCCUCCACCUCUACGCAGAGAAUUUACUGAUGUCUACAUUGCCAUGGAACUUAUGGACACUGAUCUUCACCAAAUUAUUCGUUCCAACCAAGGUUUGUCAGAGGAGCAUUGUCAGUACUUCUUGUAUCAGAUUCUUCGAGGACUGAAAUAUAUACACUCUGCUAAUAUUAUCCAUAGAGAUCUCAAACCCAGCAAUUUACUGCUAAAUGCAAAUUGUGACUUGAAGAUAUGCGAUUUUGGUCUAGCUCGGCCAACUUCGGAGAAUGAGUUUAUGACAGAGUAUGUUGUCACCAGAUGGUAUCGUGCACCUGAGUUGUUGCUCAACUCCUCCGACUAUACUGCUGCAAUUGAUGUGUGGUCUGUAGGUUGCAUCUUUAUGGAGCUUAUGAAUAGAAAACCUCUGUUUCCAGGCAAAGAUCAUGUCCAUCAGAUGCGCUUAUUGACAGAGCUUCUUGGCAAACCCACUGAAUCUGAUCUUGGUUUUGUCCGGAAUGAGGAUGCGAGAAGAUACAUCCAGCAACUCGACUCGCAUCCCCGUCGGUCAUUAGCUGAGCUUUUCCCACUUGUUCACCCUCUGGCCAUUGAUCUUAUAGAUAAAAUGUUGACAUUCGAUCCCACUAAAAGAAUUACUGUUGAAGAAGCAUUGGCUCAUCCAUACCUUGCAAGAUUACAUGACAUAGCAGAUGAACCAGUCUGCUUAGAGCCUUUCUCCUUUGAAUUUGAGCAACAACCCUUGGCAGAAGAGCAAAUGAAGGAUAUGAUCUAUGAGGAGGCUUUAGCACUUAAUCCAGAAUAUGCAUGCUAGAGAAGGUAUUUGUAAUAUCCAGUUUUUUAUUCAUUUAUUGAUGUUCCAUAAGCACUACCAGUCCCGAUGUCAUUUGAUGGAGAGCAAGUUUGAACAUGACGCCAUGGGAUCACAGUCACAGUUGAUUAAACAAGAUAUAUCUUCCUUCGAUGGUCUUCAGCACUCCUCUGUAUCUGAAAAUUGAUCCUUGGCUUACUAAUUGUUCACCCCAUCAUUUCCACGACCUUUAUAUUUAAUGUUCUCGAGGUGGAUCACUUCGCAUUUGCAACACUUGUAAACCCUACAACCUUAAUCUGACUCAGUUUUUUCUUUUCUUCCUGUCUUUUCUUUAUGUCCUUCCUGGUUUAGAUCUUUUUAAAGUUUAUCUCUUGUAACAUGUCUUUGUCUGUUUUCCAAUGAAAAUCUAUUGUUAAUGUGAUGCAUAAUUUUUUA